ACACAGUGUGUGAUAAUUCGGCGCGUCUUAAUUCAGCUUGCUGUUUUUCUUUCUAAUUUAUGAAUAAAGUGAUAUACGUCUAGCCAUGGCGGACAAACUGACUCUUGAUAGACAUGCUAUGAAAGAUAGGUCUACAUCCCAUCUUCGUAUAUACGUUGGAGGAAUAACCGAAAAUGCAACAGUCGACGAUAUGUACGACCACUUCAUCCAAUACGGGCAGAUUAACGGCAUUGUCGUGAAUCGUAACUUCGGUUUCGUUCAGUUUGAGACAGAGGCCAGCGCAAAGCAGGCUAUCGCUAGUGCUGAUGGAAGCAACUUUAUGGGGAAGAAUAUUAAUGUGAGGACUGCUCAAACCAAUCCGGAUAAAGCAAGACCUACAGAAGUAGUUAUAGUGGAACCUGAAGUUCCCCCAGCCGUGGCACUCAAUGAUAACCUACCAGCGGACAAUGAUGGGGGAGAGGAGCCCUAUGACAGCUAUGGCAACUACAUAGGUGACCAGAGCCACGAGGAUGACUACGAAGACAAUAACUACAGCAACCAGAGUUGGAGCGAGACCCGCGGCGGGCGCGGCCGCGGGGGCCCCGGGGGGCCGCGAGGCCGCGGGCGGGGGCGCGGGCGCGGGCACGGCGCGCCGGCGGGCAGCGCGCCGUACAGGGACAGGGAGGAGGCUCCGCCGAGGAGAGGUGGCGAGUGGGGCGAGCAGCGCGGGUACUCGCGCGAGCGCUACGCGGCGCCCGAGUACCCGCGCCCCGUGCCCGUGAGCGAGCGCAACGACUGCGAGAUCAUCGUCGUCUCUAAAGCACUCACGGAGUACGCGGAAUACAUCGAAGGACGCCUGAAGCGUCUCGGCAUCGUGGUGGACCUCCUGUUCCCAAUGGAGGACGUGCCCAUCGGCAAGGUGCUCGGCAACAUAGCGUCGCGCGGCUGCCUCUACGCGAUCCUCGUGAUGCCGCAGAACCAGGAGAACCGCUCGCUCACGCUCACCAUACUGCACGGGUUGCCACAGGAACACCGCAACAUGCCAAUAGAGGACGCCCUGCAGCUGCUAUCGCGGAACUUCCAGGAGGUGCAGCGAGGCGGGCCGAGCGGACGCGAGGCCGUAUACGCACUGCUAGGGCAGCUGGCCGACGGACGGAGCCUCACCGUCAUGCAGUAUGAGAAGGUCAUCGAGUACUUGCAGGAACGCAAAGAACAACAAGUCAAGAUCGAGCUAGGCGAGCCCCUCGCCGCGGCGUCCAACAACAAGACUGAGACCGACCUGCAGCAGCGCAUCCUCAGCAUCCUCAACGACAAGGUGGCCGCCGAGCCCGCUGUCACUCCCGCUGCCGCCCCCUCCCCCGCGGUCGCUCAGAACAAGCUCUUCAACGACCCCACUGUUAGGAAAGCGCUAGAUUCCAUCUUGCAGAAAUAUACGUAGAUUAAAUGACUAAUUAGGAAUUGUGUAAACGAAUUUUGAAUAGGCCAAGGCGUAGAU